AUGGCCCCUCAGCUUGCAACCAAAUUCAAACAGUCCGGCACCGGCCAAGCUCUCAAAACCGCUAAGGAAAAGGUUGGAGAUAAGCUGCAGGCCUCCAUCAAGCUUUCCUCGGCGAGGAAACUUUUCACCAAGCUUCGCAACAGAUCAAAGCGCCCUCAACAUACGAUCGCGUCUGUUGAUAUCGACAGGAUACUUACUGCUGUGGCUUUCGUCCACUCCCCCGAUCAUCCGAAGACGUUGGAAGAAUGGUCAGACGCGGGACAAUUGCGUGAUAGAAACGCCGUCACGCUGGCCCUUUUAUAUAAGGGUGGUGUUGCAGGGGAAGAAUCGAUUCAGCUUUGGCUCUCAGAUGUAGAGAGUGCUCUGGAGGUCACUGACCUCGCUCCGCCUGAAGAAAUAUACCCGACCGGGUCUCUGGUGCUAAAUGGGGUCCAAGUGGCUUUGAAGAAACACGAUUAG